AUCCCCGUAGAUUUCUUCUCCUGUCACCACAACUCUCAUUCUCUUUCUCUCCCUUUGUUCCAUAGUCUCUCGGAGCCCUUUUUAACAAACGUAUCUAUGGCUGUUGAAGCUCGCCACAUGAACAUUUUCUCUCCUCAGUUGUUAUCAAACAGAGAUUGUGUUAACUACUACAAACAAGACAUGAACCACGGUGAGUUUAUUACCGGAGAAACUCUCGUCGUAGAUCCUUUGUCUAACGCGGCUGCGAAAGCUAGCUUUAACAAAUCAGAAAGUGGUCUCACAUACAACUUUCACUCUGCCAACGUUCUUCCACCGUCCACAAAACGUCCGCGUGUAUCUCAGCACCUUGACUCAGACGCUCAAUACGCGUCUGCGUUUAAACGGAGGUCCGGCGCGUUUGGUCCACCAUCAUCAUUGGUAAACGCUGAACUCAUAUCUCAUAUCCAAAACCAACAACAGUUGGAGAUUGAUCAGUUCGUAGCUCAGCAAACAGAGAAGCUUAGAAUAGAGAUUGAAGCUCGCCAGCGAAAUCAAACGCGGAUGCUAGCGUCUGCCGUUCAAAACGCGAUGGCCAAGAAGUUAAAAGAGAAAGACGACGAAAUCAUACGGCUGAGGAACCUUAACUGCGUUUUACAAGAGCGGGUCAAAAGUCUUUACGUUGAAAAUCAUAUAUGGCGAGAUAUAGCUCAAACCAACGAAGCACAAGCUAACAAUCUUCGAACAAACCUUGACCAAGUUCUUGCUCAAAUCAAAACGUUACCAACCGCUGUAGAAAACGACGUGGAGUCGAGCUGCGGAAGUUGCGCUGAAGGUGGUGAAGCUAUUGCAGCGGUUAGUGGCGGUUGCAAGCGGUGCGGUGAGAGAGAAGCGAGUGUGUUGGUGUUACCUUGUCGUCAUUUGUGUUUGUGUACGGUUUGUGGUUCGGCUUUGUUACGGACUUGUCCGGUUUGCGAUUCGGUCAUGAACGCUAGUGUACAUGUCAACAUGUCUUCUUAACCUUUUUUUAUUUUUGGUGCAAUUAAAUUUGUACUCUUUCUCUAGAAACUUUAUUUAAUUCCCCUUAUUUAAUUCUUUUAUUUUGUAAGUACGUUUUUUAUAAAUGUUAAUUUUAUUUUUAA